GUCAAAAACGGCAGCCACUGCGAUUUGUUUACCUCCUCACGAGCGUGUUCCGCACGCUUCCUUUCGACGAGCGAAGAAGCGCUGUUUUACGCAUUAUAAAAAGAGUGCAAAACGUGUGAAAAUUUGAUUCCUUUGCUUUCUCCUUCUCCAGUACACGUCCAAGUACAAAAUCCCGCACAAUGAUUAUCCCGGUACGGUGUUUCACCUGCGGCAAGGUUAUUGGCAACAAGUGGGAAGCAUACCUUGGAUUGCUCCAGGCCGAAUAUACCGAAGGUGAUGCCCUCGAUGCGCUCGGCCUGAAACGGUACUGCUGCCGACGGAUGCUGCUCGGUCACGUCGAUCUGAUCGAAAAACUGCUCAACUACGCACCACUCGAGAAGUAGAGAGGGAAAGGGAGAGCGUGCGGACGAGCGAUCAUUAAUGAAUCCAGCGUAAUUUUAAGACUCCGUUUUAUUACUUUUGUUCAUACCAAAAGUGCAAAAAUACAACAUAACCUGGUUUAAGAAUAUUAAAAAAUGUA